ACAAGCACAAAUCGCACUGAAAACAUGGCGGCGCCCACGGAAAGUAAAAAAAACGACCUGUUGGAAGUUCCCGCUGGAUGGAAAGAAACUCCAUUUACUAAAGAUGAUAACCCGCAUGGAAUGGUCUCGGAAAGUUCAUUCGCUACGUUAUUUCCAAAGUACAGAGAAAAAUAUUUACAAGAAUGCUGGCCAUUCGUUGAGAAAACACUUAGUGAUCAUAAUAUUAAGGCCAGUCUGGACGUCAUUGAGGGCAGUAUGACAGUUACUACAACAAGGAAAACCUGGGACCCAUUCAUUAUUGUAAAGGCUAGGGAUAUGAUUAAAUUAUUGGCUAGAAGUGUACCUGCUGAGCAAGCAGUUAGAGUUUUGGAAGAUGGUAUGGCGGCAGAAAUUAUAAAGAUUGGUUCUUUGGUUAGAAACAAAGAAAGAUUCGUUAAGAGAAGGCAAAGAUUAAUUGGACCAAAUGGAUCAACAUUAAAGGCAAUAGAGUUACUGACAGGCUGCUAUGUGAUGGUACAGGGCAAUACAGUGGCGGCUUUAGGGCCAUAUAACGGUCUCAAGCACGUUAGAAAACUUGCAACAGAUACGAUGAAGAAUGUCCAUCCCAUAUAUAAUAUUAAGACUCUGAUGAUUAAAAGAGAACUCUCAAAAGAUGAACAAUUGAAAAAUGAAUCCUGGGAUCGAUUCUUACCAAACUUUCACCCCAAGAGUCAGAGCAAGAGGAAACAACCAAAGAAGAAACGAACAAAAAAACAGUAUACACCUUUCCCCCCACCACAACCAGAAAGCAAACUGGAUAAGGAGAUAGCCAGUGGAGAAUACUUCAUGAAAGAGCAUCAACGAAAAGCAAAACUAAGAGAAGAGAGGAAGCAACGACACGUGGAGGCAGAUGUAAAGCGACAAGAGAGGCGGAAUAAGCCGUUCAUUCCACCAAAGGAACCUGUUGUGAAGAAACAAAAGAGUGAACAACCAGAGAAAACAUCCACAAAGAUUGAUAUAGAAGCAUUGAAACUAAAAAUAAAAAAAUCUCAG